AGUUUCACUUUCGGUGCGUGGUGGAUUAUGUAAUCGCAUACGUAGUAAAGCGUUGCGAUGAACCAACUCGUUCACCGUCGACACAUGACUAGGUUGUGUCGUCACGGAGAAAGUGUCGGGAGUCGAGAAACUUCACCGUGCGAAUAACGCCGAGGGAGGAAAACGGUGUGUCGACACACCACGCAGCGUCGGCGUUAUUUAAAGAUGCCCCGGAAAAAGCCUUUCAGCAACAAGCAGAAGAAGAAGCAGCUGCAGCUGAACCGUGAAAGGAAGAGAGAUGAAACAGGUUCUGGUCCAAGCAGCCGCAAUGCAAGCAUAGAGCGAGGAGAUCGCCAGUCAGACACAUCUGACAGCGAAACUACUGAUGUUAGGAGAAUAAAUCAACAACCUUCAAGGAAAGACACGCGAUAUGAUCCCAACAGGUUUCGACUGCACUUUGAAAAAGAGAGUAAAGAAGAUGUGGAGAAGAGGAAGAAAAUUGUCAGAGAGAAAAUUCUUGAGCCGGUCCCCGACAGAGAAAUGGAGAUGAGCAUCAACGAUGUCUAUCCUGCAGGGAAAGGUUUCAGUUUCCCUCGACGGCCUCCAUGGAAUUAUGAGAUGACUCGUGAAAACCUCCUGAAGAAAGAGGAGAAGGCUUUUAGAGAUUUUCUUGAAGACCUACACUCCCGGAAUCCUCAUGGAACGCUGAGUCAUUUCGAACACAACCUGGAGACCUGGAGACAACUCUGGAGAGUGCUGGAGAUGUCAGACGUCAUCCUGCUCAUCGUAGACAUCCGGCAUCCUGUGCUGCAGUUCCCUCCCGACAUGUACAAGUAUAUCACAGGUGACCUGAAGAAGCACAUGAUCCUGGUGUUGAACAAAGUGGACCUGUGUCCUCCGCCGUUGGUGUUGGCAUGGAAACACUACAUGACCUAUCAGUUCCCUAACUUGUACAUAGUCUGUUUCACCUCACACCGGGGUCAGGCCUACAGCACAGUGCUCCAGAAAAAGAGGAUGAGGAGGAAGGCCAGCUGGUGCAGUGCCGGAGGUCGAUUAGACAUCCUGACCGCCUGCCAGGCCAUCACUGCGGGACGAGUGGAGCUGUCCAGUUGGGAGCAGAAGAUCCAGAGAGAUUCUCUGGCUCAGCAGCCAGAUGACGUAUGGCAGGUGGAAAGUGCUCAGCCGGUGAUCAUGGAGCAUCAAAGCGACGCUUCUAUGGAGAUGAGUAGCCCGUCGGAGGAGCUCUACAAAAAUGGCGUCCUCACUUUGGGCUGCAUAGGUUUUCCAAACGUGGGCAAGUCUUCUGUCAUCAACAGUUUGGUGGGAAGGAAGGUGGUGAGUGUGUCACGGACUCCAGGUCACACCAAAUACUUCCAGACCUACUACCUUACCCCCACAGUCAAACUGUGCGACUGCCCCGGGCUGGUCUUCCCUUCGCAUGUGGACAGGCAGUUACAAAUUCUGGCCGGCAUAUAUCCAGUGUCUCAAGUGCAGGAGCCGUACAGUUCAGUGGGUUACUUGUGCCAGAGGACCCCUUUUAUCUCGGUGCUCAAGCUCAAGCACCCUAGUUUAGCUGAACUUGAACCAGGCAAGCAGGGAUCUGAAGAGCCUGGUUGGACGGCCUGGGACGUCUGUGAGGCCUGGGCAGAGAGAAGAGGCUAUAAAACAGCAAAAGCAGCUCGCAAUGAUGUCUACAGAGCAGCAAACAGCCUUCUGAGGUUGGCCAUCGACGGCAGACUGUGUGUCUGCCUGCGUCCACCCGGAUACACUUGCUUGAGAGAGAACUGGGAGUCUCACCCAGACUUGCCUGAGAUCAUGGGCCUGCAGGGCCGGAUGACCGAGGAGGACGAGUCGAAAAGCAGGGAUGUCGACGAUGACGACGGUGAGUCCAGCACGGAGCCAGAAGAGGAGCAGGACCGUGACGCUGAUGACGAUGAGGAAGAUGAAGAGGAGACGGUGGGGAAUAGAAAGCAGAAGAAAGAUCAGCCCCCGGGACUGAGUUGCAACAAGUUCGAUGUGCUACAAGAACUUGAAUGCGAUUGAUGACCUCAAGUUCCUCCCAUUCCAGCCAAGUCUCCAUUCCACUUUCCCCACAGUUCAUGUUGUUCACCUUUUAACUGAGUUUUCCUUCCGAUACAUUUCAAUUGAACUUCUGACAUCCCUGACAUAUGCUGCUCACCUGCUCCUUAUAGAGCUCCACCUUCUGCAUUCAAAUGAUUUGUGUGUGAUGUUGUUUUCUCAGAAGAAAUGAGUUUAAACGUCAACGUUCUUCAGGAUUUUAUUCAGGAGGUUCAAGUCCUGGAAAGUUGCUCCUCUUGAACUCCACUUUUCAAGCACAAGCGUUUGAGGAUGAAACGGUACAUUACGAGUUUCAGUGAACUGACAUCGAUGCCUUGCAACAGGCAUCUCAACUGCAGGCUUGCUCACAGUUACACAACACUUUGCUUCUUAAAUUGGACAACUUUAGUUUUCAGUUCAAGAUGGUUUUCACUUUUAAACUUGAAGUGAAAAUUGUAAGUGGCCAUCAACUCUCACACAUAAUAGCAGUGCAGUUCAGCCUUUCUGGUCCAUCAAGUUGUUGAUCUUCAUAUUGCUUUAAGUGCUUUCAACUACAUGGCAGUCGGGACAUGAGUAAGAGACCAAAGUUGCAAUUGUAAUUGGUAUUAUUAGUGAGAGAUUCCGACAUGAGUCCAAACUCUUUAACUGAAGUCACUUUAACUUCUCAGAAGUUGCACAUGCUUGAUGAGAAAUAUGAGAAACAUGGAUGUUUUUUUCUUGGUUGGCUGUAGGUGGCGCUGGAUUCAUUUUGAGGGCGUGCUAAAAUGGAUGCAUAGGAAGCAACAUCAAUUUAAAUGUGGCUUUACAGAUCCUUCAGACUGAGCGUGAAUGUCCAUCAGUUUGAAUCCCUCACUCCUGCAUGAAGGCGCUUCAGCGACUCCAGAAUGAUGCCGGGAGUCUGCUACUGUCACUUUUUUGGGCUCAGCAUGUUGGUGGUCCGGUACUGACUGUAGAUACAUUGGCCCCUGACCCCAUCGUGCAGUGGGCGACCAACAAGACAAUGCAAUCCAAUUCUCACAAAAUAAAAAUGUUAUUUUAAUAUGCAGUGGAAAGUAUUUUUACAGCAUGAUCAUUUUCAUAAAUAUAUUCAGCUCCUUAUGAGAAUUAAUUUGAGUCAGAUUUUUCUGAAUAAAUAAUUAUCACAGUUAAAACUGUCUCCUUUUAAUUCAAAGCCUGCCGUGUCAUAUGAAAGGAUGGUGGGGUGUUUUUUUUUAAGUGGCUUCUUGGCACUCCAGUUUCCUCCCUUCACUUAAGUCAAUUUAGAAAUAGCUGGAUUACAGUCAGGAAUAGUGGCCCCUCCAGACGGGGGGUGGCGAGGGGGACCGCCCCUCUUUUCACUCACCCCUAAAGAAGUCCUCCACCACUGAGCGACAGUUGUACACCAAAGUACCCUAAAGGAACUCUCACCUGCACAUGUGGAACAAUGUCUUAUUCUUGAAAGAAAACUUCAUGGGCCGUCUAGAUUUCUCGCUGCACUGUUUUCCCCUGGUGUCACCUUGGUCAUUUAAUAAAAAGUGGGGGAGUUCCCGCUCUCUUGGUGCGGAGCUGGCGGAGUUGUUUCAGAUUUGAUGAAAUGUAAAGCACAUGGACUGAAUUAUCGCCUUCAAAAUAAAAAAAAAACAAACUCAU